AUUUUGUGUAAGCUAAGAACAAAUCAGAAGCAACAGGCCCCUUUUCCCUUAAUUUAGUUCAUUUAAUUCUUUACCCCAUAUUCAAUUUUACAUAUAAAGUAAAGUAAAUGUCAAAAUGCCAAAAGCGCUUAUAGUUCAAUUCACGCCCCUGAAGUCCUGUCUUGUGAAUUUACCAAGCCGAUGGGUGAAUGCGCUACUAGAACAAAGAAAGUUACCGCAAAAUAUUAUUCUUGAAAUAACGAGUAGUAACGGGAACGACAGUACGAGCAGUAAGACAUCAGCUGAUGACAGAAGAUUUUAUUGUGGAUGGUCCGGUGCAGCGUCCAAACCUUUACAACCUAAUUCAGUCUUUACUCAUGGAGCCAAUGGUAAACUGGAUGUGUUGGAAUUGGAUUCUCAAUUAGGAACAGCAUUCGGCUUACAAGAAGGUCAAAGGGUUAAUGUAGAGUUCUGCCGGUCUGUACCUGACUGCGCUACCGUAUCAGUGGAGCCUUUAACAGAAGAUGAUUGGGAAAUACUGGAAUUGCAUGCUGGAUAUGUCGAGGACAAUCUUUUGAGCCAAAUUCGUGCGGUUUAUGCCAACCAAAUCAUGUGCGUCUGGAUUAAUGGUAAAACCUUGGUCCGCCUUGUUGUUGCCACAUUAGACCCUCCCAAACAUGAUGUACUGAAGUUAUCAAAUACUUCAGAAGUCAUUGUAGCACCAAAAGUUAGGGGAAGUAAGCAACCAUCAAAUGCUGAGGACGUUUCUGAUUUAUCAAAAGCUCCUACUGAUGAAAAUAUCCAGCAACAACAACUACGUGCGAUUAUGCUAAGAACUUGCUCUGCUAUUGGCUUUGAUAUUAAAGACAAAGAAUCUGUAUUUGUCUAUGUUCAUCCAGAGUCUAUUGAGAACUUAACAAUAAAUCAGAAAAUGCCCGACGUUGUGAAUAUAUCGAAAGUCAUACCUACUUCUAUCAAGAAUGGUAGUAACAACAUAAGAAAACGCGAAGAAGAACAGCAACAACAGCAACAGGAAAUGCCAAAAGAUAUCUUAUUGAAUACAAACGCAGUUUUCGCAAAAAUUAUUCCUUUAAAUGACAUCCCACCAGGCCAUAUUAUCCUUGGAUCUGUCCUUCGGGCAACGCUGAAAUUAAAAGAUUUUGAUAUAGUCAAAGUUUCCACAACUCUUGCCAAAAGGAUACCAUUGGGUUCCUUGAUUCUACGGAAAAUAGUGACACCAGCAGUUGCUUCGUCGCCAUGGUCCUCAUCUACUUUAAAAUUAGGACUAGACAGUGCGCAACCACAAAUGCAACAAGAAGACAAUUUCCAGAAAGAAGUGAAAAAUUCUAUUCGGAAAUGGCUUGCAACAACAGCAGCAGCAUCAGACAAGGACUUUGUUUUAAGUCAAGGCUUACAUUUCGAUUUUAACGUUGACGAUGCUCAGGAAACGUUUAUACUGCAACUGGGCGUUAAGAAAGGAUUAUUCAGCCUAGCAUCGGAUAACGACACGACAGAUUCACAAGCAAUAGAACGGUAUGCCGUCAUUUCGAAAGUACAACAUUCUGAUAUACCGAUUGAGAUUGAUGACGAUAUACAGACCCCUCCACUUAAGGAAGAAGAAGAAAAAGGCGCAAAAGAGAUAGCAGUGCUUGGAGGCGUAGCAAAAGUAGUGCAAAAAAUAGAGCAGUAUACCUUUGCCAAUCUUGCAAAGUGUACUUUAAGAGAUAAGCUUCAAGUGCCAGGUGCAGGUGGUAUUCUCCUUACCGGUGCUCAUGGGUCUGGCAAAUCGAGCAUCGUUGAAAAAAUAUUGGCUAGUUCAAAAAUAGCGCUUAUUUACACGAUGACCAUCAAUUGCUCUGAGUUUGCUGAUGAAAGAAUACCUGUCAUAAGAGACCUCUUACAUAGGUGGCUAGAUGAAGCUAUUUGGCAUGGCCCCUCUCUCAUUUUUUUUGAUGAUCUGGAUCGCUUGAUCCCCGCCGAGGUAGAACAUGCUGAUUCUACGCGGAGCCGCCACUUAGCAGAGCUAUUUGUCCGUAUGACAAAAAGCGUCUGUUUUGAAAAAAAGCAUUCUAUUAUGUUCAUCGCUACAGCUCAGCAACAACAGUCCAUUCACACUGCUUUAAUUACUCACCAUAUUUUUAGUCAGUUCAUACAUUUACAACCACCCAAUCGUGAAGAAAGAAAGCAAAUAAUGGAAGCCAUGAUGACUGCUAAUACGAGCGGAAUUUUGAGCAGAAGCCUGCCUGGAAUUGAUUUAGUGUCUGUGGCAUCAGAAACCGAGGGUUUUUUGGCAGCCGAUUUGAAAGCGCUUAUCGAGCGUACUGUGCACGAGGGUGCCAUCCGCCAAAUCAGAAAGAAAUUGAAGGAAAUAAAAACAGUAGCUAUAUCAGAUACCGAACCAUGUGAAGAUGAAAAAGAACAACUGAAAUUGAUUCAAGAAGACUUCGCAAAAGCAAGAGAGGGUUUUGUACCUUCGUCUUUACGUGGUGUUAAAUUACAAAGCUCGGGUGUAAACUGGACAGAUAUUGGCGGUCUCAAUGAAACCAGAAAAACUCUUUUGGAGACCUUAGAAUGGCCAACCAAGUAUGCAGCCGUAUUCUCACAAUGUCCUCUCCGUUUAAGAUCAGGUUUGCUAUUAUAUGGUUAUCCUGGUUGCGGUAAGACACUAUUGGCAUCGGCCGUAGCAAAAGAAUGCGGCUUAAACUUUAUCAGCGUCAAAGGUCCGGAAAUUUUAAACAAGUACAUUGGUGCUAGUGAGAAGUCAGUGCGUGAUUUAUUUGAAAGAGCACAAGCUGCAAAACCUUGUAUAUUAUUUUUUGAUGAAUUUGAUUCCAUUGCGCCCAGAAGAGGUCAUGAUAGUACAGGUGUAACAGACCGUGUUGUCAAUCAACUGUUGACACAGAUGGAUGGUGCUGAAGGUUUGGAUGGCGUUUACGUUUUAGCGGCUACCAGCCGACCUGAUUUGAUUGAUCCAGCUUUACUUCGUCCAGGGCGUUUGGAUAAGGCGCUUCUUUGUGGUAUGCCCACUUUGGAAGAAAGAUUAGAGAUUCUCCAAGCUCUCUCUUCGAAAAUGCAUUUAGCAGCAGAUGUGGAUCUAAGAGUAUACGCCGAAAAAACUGAAGGAUUUUCGGGAGCAGACCUUCAAGGCUUCUUGUACAAUGCUCAUUUAGAGGCUAUUCAUGGAGCUAUCGAUAUGGACACGUUCAAAGAAUCACAAGAUACGAAACAGUCGUACAAAUCAAGAGAUGAAAAAAGUGAAUUUGUUAUGAAUUGGGGACCUUCGAAGAAAGUAGCACUAACAUUAGCUGAAAAAGGACAGAUAUCUCAGAGGCUGGCAAUGAUAAAAAAAGGGGUCAAACAAAAGCAAACUGAUGAUGAUCAUCCUUCUACUACUGAUAUUACGAGCCCACCAAAGGAAGAAGAAGGAAGGAACGCAUCUACAAUAGCAGGCUGUACCCAAGAAGCAAUAAUCAAAAAGCAGUAUUUGGAUAAAUCAUUGCGAUCGACUAGACCAUCAAUUACUGCAGAAGAGGCAUAUAGACUUGGUUCAAUCUAUAACGAAUUUGUCACAGGCAGAACAGGUGAAUUGCCCUCGGGGGAAGGUGAUAAAGGUAUUGGUAGACGAUCUACUCUCGGAUAAUGCUAAGCAAUAUAAAUAGACUUCUACAAUAUGUAUUCCAAUAAAAAUUAGAAUAUGUGUCAAUUUUUAUUGUUUUUACAUGACUAAAAAAAUCGUGUGCCAAUAACGUUGUUUAUUUACAGCUCAUACGGUGUCGUUCUUCACAUUAAAUAUUUGACUAAAUUACAUUAAAGUUGUAGCAAGACGACUCAAAUCGUAAAGUAUACCCAGGGUUUCAAUUUAUGGUAGAAUAGGUAAGUAACCAA